CCGGUAAAAGCAUUCCGAAGCGGAACCAAAUGGUAAACGUAUUUAUCACCGCCGUAGUAAUUUAACAGUUUAGAAUCUGAUGAAUCUUCAACCCUUCAGACAGUCAAAAACUCGCACCUUCUGCAGCUCAAAUUCUCAUCGCCAAUUCCCCUCUCCGUUGCUCGCAAGGAUUUAUUUAUGGCGGUGCAAUGGCUUCUGGUGUGCCAUGGAAUGGCGACGCUGUUGGUGGUGGUCUCAUUUCUGUGCGGCCAGUGGCCAAUUUUCCAGGGUACCUUCAUCCAGCGCAUCCACAUCUUCAUCACUUUCGGCAUUUACGACUAUUUCCGGAGAUUCAUCCAUAUCGUGUGCGGGGCUAGAGGCUCGAAUGCGCUUCUCUCGGUCGAGUAUUAUUGCUGCGAUCGUCCCAAUCCUAUAAUACAGUUGUUGUAUAUAUUAAUAAUUGCGGCCACGUACUACUCUAUUGCGGCAUCAUCAUUCCGCUACAUUCCAGGAUAUUAUUUAAGUGAAGUGCAUAGGUAUACGAGCUUCUUGGCAGUUGGAUUGGGCCUUUUGCUCUUUGUAUUGACGAGCUUUUCUGAUCCAGGAGUUGUGAACUCCGAUAAUGUUGCUCAGUAUCUGUCUGUUUAUCCUUAUGACAACAUUAUCUUCUCUGAAAAAGAAUGUCCCACCUGCAAGAUUCCUAAACCUGCCAGAUCAAAACAUUGCAGCAUUUGUGAUCGUUGUGUUGCUCGGUUUGACCAUCACUGUGCGUGGAUGAACAAUUGCAUUGGAGAGAAAAAUACAAGAUACUUCAUGGCUUUUAUAAUCUGGCAUUUUCUCAUAUGCGUAUAUGGAUUUAUUGCUCUGGCGUUGGUGCUUGCUGGUAGACUGAAAGAAUUACAAGUUGUCGAGAUUCUAACAGUUUACUAUGGAAUUGAAAAUUCUUACAGGAAAUUGGCUCCAUUAGUGGUCCAGUGGUUGCUGCACUCGUACAACACACAAAUUCUGAUUAUGAUGUUCCUGGCCAUAGUUUCUCUUAUGUUAGCUGGUUUCCUCAUGUACCAUGCUAAACUUUGUCUCACAAACACAACUACAAACGAGAGUUUUAAAUGGCAAGAGCACCUGAGCUGGCAGAGGAAGGUGAAUGAAGCCAAGGCAAGUGCAGCAGCUCUAAAGUCGAGUAUAGACGAACUAAACCAUGAAAGAAAGCCCCGAGAGAGCAAGUGGAGGAUGUUCUGUGCAAGAUCUCGGCUGGACGAAGCCAGAGUUGUCAAGAACAACAUAUAUGACAGGGGAUUCCUCCAAAACAUUUACGAGAUUAUUAUUCCCUUAUCCUCGAGGAGGCGCCUGUUUCGGGUAAGUAAAUCGAAAUCAGGUUAAAUUUGAUUGGUGUGAAGUUAACUUAUUGUUUAAAUGUCUCUUGGGAUGCAUGUUUAUUAAAAAGCUAAAAGAAAAUUUUGUGGCAUGUUAUAUUCUACAUUGUUAAAUGGUGUAAAUAUACUUCUCUCUAUUGUUUAAUUGAGUUUGGAUUGGGAA